AUGAUAUUUGCCCUUUUGGCUGGUAUCGCUAUAUCAUUCAUCAUCUAUCGCCUGGUCUACGAUGGCGCGCCCCAAGGUAUCCCUCGCGUCGGCAAGCCUGGAGGAAUUGGUUACUUAAUCGCUGCGCUGCGAUACACCACCAAGAGCGAAGAGGUACUCGAUGAGGCCGACAGAAUGUUUGGUGGUCGACCAUACGCCAUCCCCACCCUCGGUGGAUGGAUUAUUGUACUCAGCGCCGAGCAUAUAGAAACACUCCGAACUAGCAACGAUUCUAUUUUCAAUCAACCGAUUCAAGUAAACGAGAAUCUACGACUCGAUCAUACCAUGAACAACAUGCAACAAAAGAUACCAUUUCAAGCUACCGUGACCCGCAACGAAGUCACCAAAGGGAUCGCGACCUUCAUCCCCGAGAUAUUGGAGGAGUCCACGUUGGCAAUGGAGGAGAUCUUUAGACCACCUUCUGGUUCAGAAUAUGUCAGUCUCCCCUUAUUCCACACCAUGACACACAUGAUUGGCCGUAUCAGCAACCACGCCGUAAUGGGGACCGAAUUGUGCCGUAAUGAACACUUCGUGCACGCGGUUGUCAACUUCGCGGAAACCCUUAUGAUUUACUCUCAACUUCUCAACUGGACCCCUAAUGUCCCUGGGCUACGAUCGCUUGUGUACUUCAUCCUCUCGUCGAUUUGGGGCGGUUCAAAGCAACCAAAGGCUUUCAUAAAGCCGUAUCUCGUUAAGCGCUUGGAAGAACGAAAGGUAUCCAACGAUCACCCUUUCAAUAUCGCAGAAUUCAUCUUAGACAAUGCGCCUCUUGAGCUGGCUUCGGACGUCGACGACCUAGCGAUGCGAAUCCUGAACCUUAAUUUCGGGAGUAUACACACAUCCUCGAUCUUCCUUUCCCAAGCCUUAUUCGAAAUGGCACAAAUGUCGACUCAGGACAUUGAAAACAUGAGGAAAGAAGUGAGGGAAGUGCUGGACCAAGAAGGCGGUUGGAACAAGUCAGCACUGAAUAGGUUCUGGAAGAUCGAUAGCAUCUUGAGAGAAGUUGGGCGUAUGCAUGGAUUAUCUUUCUUUGGGAUGAAUCGUCUCACUAUCGCCAGCGGCAAGCUGCCUGACGGGGUCGUCAUUCCUGCUGGUUAUCAGGUUACGGUGAACCUCAAGAACAUCCAUCGAGACCCUCAAGUCUACUCAAAUCCACACGUUUUCGAUCCUUUCAGGUUCUCUAAGCUCAGGGAAACUGAAGAUUCGAACGUGAAGUACGGGUUCACCACUGUCGAUAAUUUUUUCCUAGCAUUCGGAGCUGGCCGACAUGCAUGUCCCGGAAGGUUCUUUGCCUCGAUGGAGCUCAAAAUUAUAAUUGCCAUCAUCCUUUUGAACUAUGAGUUCAAGCUUCCUGACGGCGAGGUGACCAGGCCUAAGAAUAUUGUAUUUGCUGGUGGUGUUAUCCCUCCUACCAAGGAGCAUCUGCUAUUUAAACCGCGAUCAUGA